AAUGAACGUUUGUUUACAGUCAUCCAUCUUCUCUCCCGAGGCUGGAAUUUCCUUUGAUAAAUUGAGUGAUAACGGGAGAUAGAAUACGCCCUUUCCCCACAAACUUGUUCUGUAUAUCUUGAAAAAGUGCAAAAAUUCAUCUGGUAUCGACACAUGUACGAGCAGCCAACUUACCCUCUCAUAGACAACUCUCAAUCAUGGACAACUCGAAAGCAGCCAGCGAAGUCGUCAAAUUGCAGCAGCAUUUAAAUUUACUGAAAGAAGAGUAUGUCAAGCUUCAGUCAUACAACGCAGAACUUGAGAGAAAGUAUGCUGUCAGCUCUGCAUCCGUUGAAAACGGGAAUAAAAAUAGUUUUGUUGCAAGACUACUUAAAACCGUAUCGGGCCUGUACGACACAUCUCUCUACAGUGAUCUCAAGAUAAAGCUACAAGAUAAAACUGUUCCAGCCCACAAAUUCGUUCUUGCUGCUCGAAGUGACGAUUGGAAUGUAGCCUCUUUACCGGAUACAGAAUGUUUAGAUUGGAGUGAUCUCCCGUCUCCUGUAGGCGAAGCCAUCCUGAAAUGGACCUACACCGACUUGGUCAACUUUUCAGAAGGCGAUGAUUUCACUUUGCAACUCAUGAGAACUGCCAAUAAGUUUUUCCUCCAUGACCUUGUCUCAAAAUGUGAAAAAGCUCUAAUGGCAUCCGUGCAUGUCCGUAAUUGCGUCAGAUUUUAUACGACAGCUGACGAAAUUGGUGCUGAAAGUCUAAAAGAACAUUGCUCUAGUUUGAUAUCCGCUCAUUGGGAUGACUUCACUAGUGAAGAUUUCGCUCACAUGUCUGCCCCAUUACUAUUUCACAUGUUCAAAAAUAAAACUGACUAUCCACUUCACUCCGCGGUUCGACUUCACCGGGAGGAUGUUGUUUUUUUAUACCUUGUUGAAAACAGUGCACAGCUAUCAACAAAACUGAAUCAGUUCGAUAAUCAUGGCGAUUUGCCACUGGACAUAGCAAUCAAAGAUAGGCAAACCAGCAUUGCGGCAACUUUAUUAGAACACAAGGCUGAUCCAGACGCAAAAGAUUCCAAGGGAUGGACCUUAUUACAUCGCGCUGUGGAAAGAGGGGACAGCUAUGCUGCAACUUUUCUCUUGGAAAACGGAGCCUCUGUUGCAAUCGCCACUCCUGAUCUGGGCAACACUGCAUUGCACCUGAUCGCAAGUUGUUCUCCGGACAUAACACCUGAGGAAACAUUGACAGCACUGACAGGAGUUGCAAAACUCAUGUUAGAUAAAGGAUUGGAUCCCAAUAUCCAGAAUAAAAAAGGAUUUGCUGCUCUGCAUUUGGCUGUCAUGACACGCAAUGAGGAAAUAUUUGCUCUGCUACUAAAAAGAUCUGAAACCCAGAUGGUAAAUUUGGAUGUUCAAACUGUUGAAGGACAUUCUCCAAUGUGGUAUGCUUUGUUUGCAUCGCGGAAACUAAUCAACAGCAACAGUUUUGCAGCCCGUCUUUUCGAGAAAGGAGCUAAUGCCAACCCUAUAUAUCCUCAAACGAAUGAUUCUUUACUUCAUUUGGUCGCAGAGGAAGGCCUCGAAGAAGCAGCCUUGUUCAUUUGCUCUCACGCCAAUAACCUCAAUCAUAUCAAUCGAAAAGGUGAAAGUGCCUUACACAUAGCCUGCGCUCAAGGUCUGCAUCGGCUGGCUACGAAUUUGUUAGAAGCAGAUGCAGAUCCUAACCUUCAAACUCUUCCACCUGAAGAUCUCGGCAUCAGUGAAGAGGCAAAUUCAAUAGUCUAUAAACAGACUCCACUCCAUGUUGCAAUCACCAAUCGACAAGACUCGUGUGUGAAAGCUAUUUUGCAGUUCAAAGCCACUCAAGAUCAAAAUGCCACUGUUGUAGCAGACCUAAAUUUAAAGAACUCUCGUGAUGACAGUCCUCUGUCUUUAGCUCUGAAUUGUCAAAUGCAGCAUAUUGUCCCUGACCUGAUAAAAGGUGGCGCCGAUAUUAAUGUCCGAACCGGAGAAGAAAGACUGACACUAUUGCAUCAAGCAAUCAUCAACGAAGAUGCCAAGAUCGCAACAUUCCUCUUAGAACAAGGAGCUAACAUGGACGCUAAAACCAUGGACAACGUCACUCCUCUGCAGUUAGCGAUCAAACACAAAGUCGGUGCUGUUGUUGAAGCUCUGUGCAAAAGAGGCGCUGACAUGUCGGUUAAAGAUGAAAAUAACAACUGCCCCUUGUGGGUUGCACUGGAUUCAGGCGAAGAGGAUAUCGCUUCAACUCUUGUCAGGUAUGGCGUGGACACUGACUGCUGGGAUGAAGGCCCCGAAGGCUGUUGGCAGACUUUACUUCAUCGAGCAAUCGAUGAGAAUAAAGAGGGAAUUGCCAAAUUUUUAAUACAAAGUGGCUGUGAUCUUAAUACGCCGCGAAAGCCCGGCCCUGGAGGCACUGGGGGAGAGGAAGCCCGUGAUCUUCAAACGCCUCUCCAUUUGUGCUGUGUCUGGGGACUCGAAUCUGUUGUGCAGACACUGGUUGAAUUUGGUGCUGAUGUGAAUGCCAAGGACUCAGAUGGAAAGACACCACUUCACGUAGCAAUAGUCAAUCAGCACAGCGCUAUAAUCUCUCUGCUUCUCUGUCAUCCUGGAUUAGAUCUAACGCAGAGGGAUAAAAGUGGUCUCACACCGUUCGCCACUGCCCUCACCUGUAGGAACAACAAAGCUGCAACUGCUAUUUUGGAAAAGUUACCCACAGCUGCAGAGCAGUUUGACAAUAGGGGCUGCAAUUUCUUACACAUGGCAAUCAUGAAGCACGACGUUGAAAGUGUUCUGUUCUUACUUUCAAUUCAAGUCGAUGUUAAUUCAAGGGUUCAAGAUUCGAACCAAACUCCGCCUCUUCAUUUGACGGCUGCAACCGGUGAUGAAACCCUUGUCCGAAGUUUACUGUUAGUCGGUGCCAGAGUGGAUGACCGGGACGCCAGGAGGAAAACAGCAUUGCAUGUUGCCGCUGAGUCAGGGUACCCGGCCGUAGUUUCUGCCUUGUUGGGGAACAACUGUGACUGUGAUGCUGUUGAUUCUGAAGGAGACAAUGCAUUACACAUUGCUUGCCAAUUUGGGCAUCCUCAAGUUGUACGAAUGCUUCUGUCAGAAUCCAGGAUUAAUGCCGAAACCAUAAAUCUGAAGGGAAGAAAUCCUUUGCACGUCUUAGCAAGGUAUGGAAAAGAGAAUGCAGCUGCCAUUUGUGAACUUUUUAUGGAGUUUAUCCCUGACUACCCAUGGAACAAACCUGAUGUAGAUGGAAAUACAGCUCUUUUACUUGCAUACAUGAAGGGUAACGGACAACUUUGUAGAGCUCUGGUGAAAGCAGGUGCUUGCGUUGGAUCUAUGAACAAAGAGAGUGUUACUAUCUUCAACUACCAAGUUGCCACGAAAACACUUUUAUAUAAAUUGCUGGACCAUUUAUCGCGCGAACCUCCAUGGACAGAAGGCGACAUUUGCUAUGAGUGCGGAACAAAAUUUAACAUCACCAUGCGCAAACAUCACUGCAGACAUUGCGGACGGCUACUCUGUAGUAAGUGCUCAUCGCAUGAGAUUCCUAUCCUUAAAUUCAAUCUGAACAAACCAGUGCGGGUAUGUGGAGUUUGUUUCAACGUUCUCCAGGGUGCUGAAAGUGAUGGUUACUAUUGAAAAAGAUAACUGCAUUUUUUAGAAUUUAAGAGUCCAAAAGGUUCUUCCUAACCUUGCUUUUCUACUUCAUAAUUGUUGAGGGAAACUGAUUUCACCCCCUCUCACCUCAUUUGUUUAUUUAUUCAUUUCUUUUUUCUAAUGAUAGAUGCCAAAAAAUAGUAGAAAAAGAACAAAUAAGUUGAACAUUUUCCAUCUGUAUUUUGAAGUCUGUAUAAUCUGUUCCAUCUGUAUUAAACGACCUUCAGCUAUUGGGAACUUCUUUUUCUACAUACUUUCUCUUAAAAGUGAUUUUAAGAUAAAAGUAAUGAAUAAUGACUUGCUCAUCUCGUAUACAUUUUUAGUUUACUGUUUUACUUCAUAUAAAAAGUAUUUUGUUUUUUGCCGUUUUUUGUAUUUUAAAAAAAACUAAAAUUUCCCUGCAUUUAAUUCUAACAGUAAAUCUAAGUGAACAUUUUCGAGGUAUUUUUUUGCCGUAAAUUUUGCCAGAGAGAAUGAGAAUGGUACGGAAGUAACUUGAAAAACUUAAGUCAGAUAAGUUGGUAGUUUUCAAUUUUGACUGUCAUAAGCUGUACAUUCCUGCAUAUAGUUGCAGCGUUGCCUGUAGUCAAUCUUCAAUGGAUAUAGGAUGACUGCAACGCAGUUGCUUGCUAACAGAAAGUGAUCAACUACCAACUUAUUUAACAUGAGUUCUAAAUAACUUACUGGUAACGGAAGGUACAGAAUCUCUAAUGUAGUAUCAGUAAGAGACUCAGAAGUUGAAAGAGAAACAUUUUUUUCCUGUAGUAUUUAUGUCACUGAAGUUUUUCAAGUGAAAAUUCCAAGAGAUUCUGGGAUAGCAACUGCGUAAUAGUUUCAGUUUGUAACCAUCCGAAUUUUGUAUUUAGAUUAGACAAAAAUUCAGUAUUCACAUAAUUGUAUUUUUAUUUUAUCUGUAUCCGCUUGUCAGCCUAAUGAUCAUUUAAUUAGAUAGUACCAUCGUUUAGUUCAUAAAUUCAAAAGAUCGGUACUGUCAAAAAUUUUCCUGUUGACGUAUUUAAUUUGCUUCGUACAAAUAGCAUCUGCAGAUUUUAGCAGAAUCUUUCUGUUAACAGGAAAUAGAAGAAACCAAA